GAGCUCGCCCGAGGGACAGCAGCGACAGGGGGGCGACACCCCGCAGGACAGAGGCGAGUGAGCGCUCUCACUGCACCUGCUUCGGCUGCUGCUCUUUCAGCUCAGGUGUCCGUGCUUUCCCAAAGGGCUCGGGGCUCUCUUUAGCCGAGUAAGCCACGCUGGCUUUCCACAGAUGGGGCUCAGGCAGACACCGUGGAGGCAAUUUUCCAGCAUGAAUCUGGUAACACAUCUUCUCUGCUUGGUGGCUUGCCUUACCUUGGUGACUUGUGACCGGGUCUACGUCCACCCUUUCACUUUGUACAGUUUCAAUGAGACUGACUGUGACAAGCUGGAAAAAUUGGUUCAGGAGGGGAAGACCAUUGUCCCUGUCUCCAUUGAGUCCCAAACCACGCCUGAAUACGAAGGUGACGUGGAUGACAAGAACAAGUUGGAAGCCCCAAGCCUCAACACCUGGGGCAAGGAGGAGCGGGGCUACCUGAGCGGCUUGGUGUACGUCGUGGGCAUGCGGCUUUACAGCGCGCUGCAGAAAGCACACAGGGACCAAAAUGUGCUCCUGUCCCCUACCAGCCUCUACAGCUCCUUGGUGUCAUUCUACCUGGGGGCCUCCAACCAGACUGCACUCGAUUUGCAGGGUUUGCUGGGAUUUGUUCCCCCCUCUGGCAACCUUGACUGCACUUCCACGGCAGUGGGAAAGAAUUUCCUUUCCAGCCUGAGGAUGGUUGAAAGGCUUGUGAAGAGCGGGGACGAGGAGCUGCUCUUUUCCAAGACACUGAGCCUGUUCUCUGCCCCUGGCAUACCCCUCUUCCAGCUGUUCUUGGAGCACUUGCUCCCCAGUGCCGACGCUUUCUACGCCCGAGCUGUUGACUUUACAAACCCCGGCGAGGCAGCCAAACAAAUAAACGCCUUUGUGGAGGCCAAAAGCGAGGGCCAGAGCAAGCUGGUGCUGGCAGACAUCGACCCAGCCUCCGAGCUGCUGCUUGUGGCGGACGUCUGCUUGGCAGUGAACGUUAAGCAAGCCUUCCCGCUCAAAGAGCCUCAGGAGUUCUGGGUGGACUCAAGCACAAAGGUCUUGGUCCCUAUGUUGUCUCUCACGGGGACAUUCAAGUACAAAACUGAUGCCAGUGGGACUUUCUCUGUGGUGGAGGUGCCCAUCAGCAAGACAGCGCUGCUGGUGCUGCUGCAGCCCAUCAAUGGCAGUGACCUGGAGCACGUGGAGGCAGAGCUGACCUGGCAGUCCUCAGCCUGGCUCCAGUGGCUGUCCCCAAGAGAAAUUAAAUUAACACUGCCAGCAUUAACUCUAGAAGGCAUCUCUGAUCUACAGGAGCUUCUUGCAGAUAUGGAACUACCUGGACUGCUGGGGAAGGGGGCAGAUUUCAGUAGGAUAAGCAACACCAGUAUAACAGUUGGAAAGGUAAUAAAUAAAGCCUUUUUCAAACUGGCCAGUGAUGGAACAGAUCAGCCAGCAGACCCUGCAGCACAGAAAGAAGAUGGAGUGUACCUGGACGUAACACUGAAUAAGCCAUUCCUUUUUGCACUUUUUGAAAAGCAGUCAAGGGCGAUGCUUUUUCUUGGCAGAGUAGUAAACCCUCUGCAUGAGGAUUAAAUGCAGACAUGGAGGAUAAGAAAGGAGUGGAAUGAUGCACAUUUCCCACCACCCUUUUCUUAUUCAUCAGAUAUUUUUGUGAUGUUGAGUGCUCUAUUUAGCUUUGACAUGAAGCAGUUAGUGUUUGAAAUACAGCUUUUUGAAAGCUAACACUUUGCAACAUUUCAUCCUCAUUCAUCUAUUUCAGGUGAAGUCACAUCCUUCCUCCGGCUUCCAUUUUAUUCUUUGUCUCUCUUUUGCUCCUAAUUCCCUUUUUGGAUGCAGUGGGGCAGGGAAGUGUUUCAAUGCAAGGCAUCAACUUGAAAAAAUAGAUCGAUAAGCAGCAUUUACUACACUAUUUUUAUUUUCUAUAGAAAAGGACUUCUUCAUUCUUUAAAAAGCUUUUUUAAUUGUAAGGUCCGUUUUGCAAGAGAGACUCCCUUUUACAUUACAGUGAAGAUUUUACAAUUAUCCACAGAGAUUUCUAGCUUCCUCAGCAACAUUUCCCUUUAAAAUGCUGCCAACAGCACAGGCAGGCUCUGCUUGUCCCACUGAGACAAGAUUUUUUGCCUUGGAAGCAAAAACAUGCUUAGAGGAAGUUUCUUCUUUCUGCAGGCCAGAUGGAUAUGUUCACUUCUUAACUGCUAAAAAUAGUGUUUGGUGGUAUUCAUGAACUGUGAUGGAUAAAUUCUCAGAGUCUGACAGAAUUAUCUCUGAUUUUUUUGGGAAAAAAAAAAUCCCACAAGGUCUACUGUUCCAGUACAAUUCCGUUUCUUGGAUUACUUCAUAACCUGUGAGGCAUUUCUUACAGCCUAAUAGCAAAGAAGGACAUUACUGGUUAGAGUCCAAUUCUGGAAACUUUACCGUAUCCAAACCAUAUGUUCUUUUAAAAUAGCAUUAAUGGCAAUAAUAGUAUAAAGAAUGGAUGUGGUGCAGCUACUUGUGAAUAAAACGAUUACAGCUGUCCAGUCCAACUCUUAACAGAGUCAUAAAGAUUUGAAACAUUAAAGUGGAACAACAGAUUAUUAGAUGACUUGAAUUAGGAAGUGAGGAAUUGGGAGACAGACCUUGGUACUGAGGAAAGCCUGCAAAAAGGAUUUCCACCUCUCAUGUCUCAAUGUAUUGUUAGCACCGAUAGCACUUAAAAAUAACUGCAGACCUCUUUGGCAGACCAUGCAAGGCAUAUCCCACAGUGCACAGCAAGCUCAUUAUCAUCCACAGUGGCCCAAAUGUGUGUCUAAUCCAAGUGCACUAAUGCCAGCAGCUUGCUAUCAGUGAUGUGGAUACAUGACACAUCCUUGUAGCUUCAUGGAAAAUGCCAUACUGUUAUAAAUAAAAUAACCCUCAGAAUCCUAGGAUACAGCAUCCAUGUAUUUAUCCAUUUAUACUGUAUGUACUCCAGAUACUCUAAUAUCUAAAUACUGUACUUGUAAUAUACACAGAAGUAAUCAAGUAUGAACAUGCAGAGGUAGAAAAAUGCAAAUAAAAUGACUUCCAAGUUUCUUUGCCACAGUUUGGUUGGGU